AUGAGUUACCGAAGGGAUCAUCGAGCCUCUAAGUCCGCUCUUUUAGAUAAUUUUGAUAGCAUUGAAGAAGGUGGUCUUAGGGCUUCUUCCUCUUAUUCACAUGGUAUUAGCGAUCAAGACAAUGAAGGAGCCAUGGACAGCUUACAAGACAGAGUCAGCUUCUUGAAAAGACUGACAGGUGACAUACAUGAGGAGGUGGAGAGUCAUAACCGUAUGCUGGAUCGAAUGGGGAAUGAAAUGGAUGCAUCGAGAGGGAUUAUGUCAGGAACAAUGGAUCGAUUCAAGAUGGUAUUUGAAAAGAAAUCAAACCGGAGAACUUGCAAACUUGCGUCAUAUUUUGUGCUUGCUUUCUUUGUACUAUAUUACACAUUCAGGGCCCUCUUGUAUUUCUUGUAUGGAGUCGAAGGCCAAAAGAUAGGUGAUAGGAGUUUUCGAUUUGACAGUGCAGACAUUCUUCUAUAA